AUGACUAAGGAUCCAAAUUUUAACUUUCAUCCUAGGUGUGAAAAACUUGGGAUUACUCAUUUCAUGUUUGUAGAUGAUCUUCUCUUAUUUGCUAGAGCUGAUUUGGAUUCUGUUAAGUUGCUUUUCAUGGCUUUCCAGAAAUUUUCUAUGGCUUCAGGCUUAUGUGCAAAUCUGGAUAAAAGUGAUGCCUAUUUUGGAGGUAUAUCAGAUCAAGAGAGAUGUGAGCUUCAGCAGGUCCUUGGGAUGGCUAAUGGUAAUCUUCUAUUUAGGUAUCUUGGUGUGCCCCUUUCCUCAAAAAAACUCACUAUUUCUGAUUGCAGGCCUUUAAUUGAAAGGGUCACAGGUAGAAUUGACACUUGGGCUACUAAACACUUAUCUUAUGCUGGUAUAUUGCAAUUAGUUAAGAGUGUCCUCUUUGGAAUUCAAGAUUUUUGGGCUCAGAUCUUUGUGUUGCCAAAGAAAAUUAUCAGAGAAAUGGAGUCCAGAUUCAGAUGUUUCCUUUGGUCUGGGAAAAGUAACCCCACAAAGAAAGCUUUAGUGGCUUGGAGAUUUAUGUGCUUACCUAAGACUUGUGGUGGCUGGAACAUAAAUUCUUUAGAAGAUUGGAACAAAGUUGCUGUCACUAAGGUGCUUUGGGAUCUGGCUAGUAAAUCUGACAAUCUUUGGGUAAAAUGGGUUCACAUCUACUAUUUUGCUGGUAAGAAUUUGUGGACUGCUCCUAUUCCUAAAAAGGCUUCUUGGAUUUUGAAAAAGAUCCUUGCUUCUAGAGAUAUUGUGAACAACAUAGUGGAUGGUCAAAUGUUACUUUACUCUAAAGUAAUCAAGGCUUCAAUGUUAUACGCUCUUGGUUUCACUAGGUCUGUUCUUAGUUUUACUGAUGAACUGCAAUGGAUUAUAAAGUAUUGUAGGAAGACUAAUGUCAGAAGUAAGCUUAUUGUGAUGUGCUUCUCUGAGGCUGACUAUAAUAUAUGGAUGUAG